AUGAGUGAAGGACCAUCAGAACCAAUCGAAGCCUCCAUCACUCCUGAUGAGGCCAAUAGGAUCAUACACUCACAUCGUAAAGUUCGCUAUGGGACCGCUUGCUGGCCUUGCAGGCAACGCAAGGUCAAAUGUGAUAAUAAACACCCAUGUGAGAAUUGUGUGAAGAGGGAUCACGCUCUCUUAUGUUCGUACAAUCCUAAGAAUCGGGAUCUCGGGAAGACGAUACCGACGGCUUCAGUAGCUGGAGUUAAAAGAGCCCGUACCCCAGAUAGUGCCAGUGAUUACUCUGGUAGAAAAGAGGACGGCUGGCCAAGAACAACAGAAGAAGAUGAUCCAAACGAAUCACGAUAUCUUGGGCAGAAUUCAAUCGCAGCUUUUUUGAGUGAAGAGGCUCAGAUUGGAUCAUCACCGGGCGAAGGUGAGCACGAUGUCAUUCGGAAAGACAUUAUGCCUAUACUAGGUUUACAAAUAUCAACGGCACCAUACCCGUUUAUGUCGAAAGAACACAUGGAUAAAAUAAGACAUGACAUUGCUAUGGCAUUGCCGUCGGACAAGGAUGUCUUAAAAUCAUUCCAGAUAUAUAAACAGAUAGUUCAACCGUUUUGGGGCCUGCUGAUUGAUAUUGAUGACUUUGAGACGAAGUUGUGCAUAUACCUGGAAGAUCGGGCUAGUUCUGCAAAAAGUAGGAAUCCAAAUCAGAAGGGGGUAUCGUCAGCCUGGCUUGGGAUGCUAUUCGCAGUCCUUGCUGUAUCAUCAAAUUACGCUGAAACUACAUAUCACAGACGUGUAGCAGCCUCACAAUCUUUCGUUCAAACAUCAUUCCAUUGCCUGAGGCUAUCUAAUUUCUUGAUUCGCCCAUCGUUGGAUUCAUUGCAAGCACUCUUAAUUCUUGGAUUUGUUCUAGCCAAUGAUAUGAAAGCUGAGGCAUCGUGGGCAUUAAUAGGUCUUACUUGUAGACUUGCUCAAGCUCUAGGCCUUCAUAGGGGUCCUAACGAGAGCGGUAGAUUCACAUCUUCUGAGGAUAAUGAUUUACCUCGUCGUAAACUCUGGUGGACAAUCGUCUGGCAAGAUAGUUUACUCUCAUUGUCAUUUGACCGAUCUCCAAUCGCUGUGAUCACGAGAUGUAAAGUCCCUCUAAGCCCCAUCGCUUUGACGGAGGGGUUCACCUACACAGAAGCUAUGUAUCAUCUAUGUCAGAGAGUAUUGGAUUUCGUCAAAAAUGAUUCGGUAUCUGAGCCUGAUUAUAAUCAAAUCAUCGCCAAUUCAGUCGACGUUGAGAACAUUCGUCAAAGAGUUCUCCCGGCACUCCGUAUCAAAGAUAAAUGCAGGACAGUUCAAGAUAGAUUACAAUACUUCGCUCUUCGUCUUCACACAUCUUUUGUCGUCUCGGUGUUAUGCCGACCCGCUCUUCGACGCGGUGAAAAUGGAAUGUCUUCCGACCAGAAAGCAAUCAUUGCAGAAAAGUGUAAGCAAAAUCUCACGGAGACUGUUAGAAUGUAUUUGAAAAUGCACUCAUUGAGCGUUAUACCAACACGUUCAUGGGCAUUCACCUACCAUGGCCUCUCAUCUGCAGUUCUUCUGGGGAUCUUGGGUGAAACCAAAACAGACCCGGAAGUUCGACAACUACAAGGAGAUUUAAUAAGUGCUCUGUCGGUUACUGCAGCAAAAGAACAACCAUCCACCAUUCCCAAAUCAGAUAAGGAUAUUGAACUCAGCGGACCUCUAUCAAGAGCUUUGGCUGCUCUGAAAAAUAUAUAUGAUCAUGGAUGGGUGGUUGAACAACAACAAAUUCAACAACAAUCGGUUAUGGUACCGGAAGCUCAGAUAAUACAGGGCCCAGACUUCAAAUCUACAAGUGAAUAUGAACAACAAAAUGCUGCGCUUGCUAUGGCUUCUAUGCAAAAUGGGAUAGUACCACCUAUGGAAUAUGCGCAACAAGUGCCGAUGAAUAAUAUGAGUGGUGAUAUGCAGUCUGUAGAACAGACGUUGAAUAUGUCACCGAUGGAUUUAUUCGAUUCAAUUUUCUGGGAACCUUACCCUCAAAAUGGUCUCGAAACAGGUUUCGAUUAUGCCGGUGCACCUUUUUACCCGCAAGCACCCUUUUGAAGGGUAUCAAUCUUUAUUAGCUGCCUUAGCUUAAUGUUUUAUAAUGACAAUGAGGAUGGCCUGUUUGGCCCGAGAAAAGUUUUAACGGGG